GGGCGAUCCUGAAUCGACUGGCCGCGCACGGCUCAGGGCAAGGGUGCCGGCGCCCCCAGAACGCCAGGGACGUACUGUGAGGGAAGGCCUAGCUGCUGAGCCCUUUGGGGCCGGGGUCUGACAUCUGGACGGAGUGGGAAAGCAGCAUCCUGCCCUUGGGGAGUCGGGAGGAGCCCAGUCCCAUCCAGCUGUGCAAACAGGAGGAGGAGGUCCCAAGCCUACCCUUGGGAAAGGGGCGAGAGGGGUGGUCAGGCCGCCGCCGCGCCGGCCCCCGCGGUGCGGGUUGCGCCAGCCUCCUCGGAGCCCGACGCAGAAACUUGUUGCAACAAACAGGCGACCGCGGGUGCCCCUAGCAGCCAGCGGCGGAGUGGGUGGGCGGUCGAGAGGGAGGGGAAGGCUGGCGGACGCCGCAGCGAACUGGUGGGCAGACCCGGAGUCGCCGCGUAAGCGGGGCCGGCUCAGUGCGGUGCGGCAGGCGCGGCUGUGCGGCAGCGGAAGUCCUUUGUUGCAGCACAGUCCCUGGCAGAGCCAGAGCCUCUCCGCGCAGCCCAGCCCGAGCGCCGCGCGCCGCCGCCACUGCAGCUCUCGGCCCUUCUGCCUCCGCCCGCCUUUCCCGUGGCCGAUUUGCCUUAAACUCCCUAAAAUCUCCGCAGCCCCGGUUCCUGCUGCGGCCGGUCUCUAAUUAAUAGAAGAUGGCAAAGCCCAGCCACAGCAGCUACGUCCUUCAGCAGCUAAACAACCAAAGGGAAUGGGGUUUCCUCUGUGACUGUUGUAUUGCAAUUGAUGACAUUUACUUUCAAGCACACAAAGCAGUUCUAGCUGCCUGUAGCUCCUAUUUUAGAAUGUUUUUCAUGAAUCAUCAGCAUAGUACUGCACAGCUGAAUCUCAGCAACAUGAAAAUUAGUGCCGAGUGUUUUGAUCUUAUUUUGCAGUUUAUGUAUUUAGGAAAAAUUAUGACAGCUCCUUCCAGUUUUGAGCAGUUUAAAGUGGCAAUGAACUACCUACAGCUGUACAAUGUUCCUGACUGUUUAGAAGACAUACAGGAUGCAGAUUGUUCUAGUUCAAAAUGUUCAUCUUCUGCUUCUAGCAACCAGAACAGCAAAAUGAUAUUUGGGGUAAGAAUGUAUGAAGACACUGUGGCUAGAAAUGGCAGUGAAGCCAAUAGAUGGUGUGCAGAGCCAAGUUCAACAGUAAAUACACCACAUAAUAGAGAGCCUGAUGAAGAGUCUUUGCAAUUAGGUAAUUUUCCUGAACCAUUAUUUGAUGUAUGUAAGAAGAGUUCUGUGUCCAAAUUAUCUACUCCAAAAGAACGUGUCUCACGACGCUUUGGACGGAGUUUUACCUGUGAUAGUUGUGGAUUUGGCUUUAGCUGUGAGAAGUUACUAGAUGAGCAUGUGCUAACCUGUACUAACAGACAUUCAUACCAAAAUACAAGAUCCUAUCACAGAAUAGUGGAUAUUAGAGAUGGAAAAGACAGUAAUAUCAAAGCUGAAUUUGUUGAAAAGGAUUCUUCUAAAACAUUUUCUGCACAGACGGACAAAUACAGAGGAGACACAAGCCAGGCUGCUGAUGACUCAACUUCAACCACUGGAAGCAGAAAAAGUAGCACAGUGGAGUCUGAACUAGCCAGUGAAGAAAAAAGCAGAGCUGCUGAGAGGAAAAGAAUCAUUAUCAAGAUGGAACCAGAGGAUAUCCCUACAGAUGAACUGAAAGACUUUAACAUUAUUAAAGUGACUGAUAAAGACUGUAAUGAGUCCACUGACAAUGAUGAAUUAGAAGAUGAACCUGAAGAGCCAUUUUAUAGAUACUAUGUUGAAGAAGAUGUCAGUAUUAAAAAAAGUGGGAGGAAAGCUCUGAAACCUCGGAUGUCAAUAAACACUGAUGAAAGAGGUGGUUUAGAAAAUAUGAGGCCCCCUAACAACAGCAGUCCAGUACAAGAGGAUACUGAAAACGCAUCCUGUGAGUUGUGUGGGCUCACAAUAACUGAGGAGGACCUGUCAUCUCAUUACUUAGCCAAACACAUCGAAAAUAUCUGUGCAUGUGGCAAAUGUGGACAAAUACUUGUGAAGGGUAGACAGCUUCAGGAACAUGCCCAGAGAUGUGGAGAGCCCCAAGACCUGACAAUGAACGGGUUAGGAAGUACUGAGGAGAAGAUGGACAUGGAAGAGAAUCCUGACGAACAGUCUGAAAUCAGGGAUAUGUUUGUUGAAAUGUUGGAUGAUUUUAGGGACAAUCAUUUCCAGAUAAACAAUAUCCAAAAAAAGCAGUUAUUUAAACAUUCUGCCUGUCCUUUUCGAUGUCCUAAUUGUGGCCAGCGUUUUGAAACUGAAAAUCUAGUGGUUGAACAUAUGUCUAGCUGCCUAGACCAAGACAUGUUCAAGAGUGCCAUCAUGGAAGAGAAUGAAAGGGAUCACAGACGAAAGCAUUUUUGUAAUCUGUGUGGGAAAGGAUUUUAUCAGCGGUGUCACUUAAGAGAACACUAUACUGUUCACACCAAGGAAAAGCAGUUUGUUUGUCAGACAUGUGGAAAGCAGUUUUUAAGGGAACGUCAGUUGCGACUCCACAAUGAUAUGCACAAAGGCAUGGCCAGUGGUCAAAUAGGGCCUUCUAAACCUCUGGAGAAGUGAGAUCUGAAUUUGGAGAGGACAUGGGCAAGAAUCAAUCUUCAACAGAUAAUCUUUAAGUCCAGACCCAGGAAUAUCAGAUCUGAAGUGACAGCAUCUUUUCUGUCUUCUGACAAACCUCAUCAACCCCAAAAGUUCCAGUUGCAAGGAUCCAAGAAAACUCAGUAAAGAUUACUUUGGGAUCACUUUGUUGUGACAAAAUCGAUUCAUGGUGACUCUCCUGUUAUUUGUGAAAAAUCAGCUAAAGAAAAGUAACUAGAAUAUUCAUACAACAUCAGUGGUUAAAGCUACACUAAAAUAAAACUCUAUAUACUAAUUUUCUUCAAGAAUCCCUCCUAAAAGAAAAGGGCUUGCUAGGCUACUAUAAAUACAUUAUAAAGUGAGGUAAUCACAUAUCUGUGUAAACGCAUAUAACUCUAAACUUAAAUGGAAUUACAGUUUACAUAUCAUGAAAUGUAGUUUCAAAAAUUUCACCCCAAAAUCUGUAGCUUAGAGUAUAAAUAAAAAGAUGUGGGGACUUCCCUGGCGGUCCAGUGGUUGGACAUUACUCUCCAAUGCAGGGGGGUGCAGGUUCGAUCCCUGGUUGGGGAGCUAGUAUCCCACAUGCCUCGCGGCCAAAAACCCAAGACAUAAAAACGGAAGCAAUAUUGUUACAAAAUUCAAUAAAGACUUCCAAAAAAAAUGGCCCAUAUCAAAAAUAAUCUUAAAAAAAAAAAGAUGGGCUUCCCUGGUGGCACAGUGGUUGAGAGUCCGCCUGCCGUUGCAGGGGACACGGGUUCGUGCCCCGGUCCGGGAAGAUCACACAUGCCGCGGAGCGGCUGCGCCCGUGAGCCAUGGCCGCUGAGCCUGCGCGUCCAGAGCCUGUUGCUCUUCAACGGGAGAGGCCACAACAGUGAGAGGCCCGCGUACGGCAAAAAAAAAAAAAAGAUGUGGGUACAGAGAAAAAAUCAUGUAAGACCAAUAUUUUACCAAGAAAAGAUAAUCUAGUUAUUGCUUACUGUAAUGUAACAUUUGCCUUUCUUCUUUUUUCACUGUAUAUACCAGUCACAAACUUGAUUAUUAAUAUUAACGAGGCUCCCUUUUAAGUCUGUUACUUGAAGGAAAAACAGAAGUGGUAUUAUUUCAACAGUGGUAUAUUUUCACAAACCACAGACAACCAAGAAGAAUAUAUCUUAAGACACAUUAUUUUCUUCUCAACUUAGCAAUGUAACCUAAAAAGGCAGAAUAAGCUUCUGUUAAACAUUUUUCUUAGUAUUGAUAUAAAAUACCAUGCUUCUCAGCUUUAAAAUUUCAAGAUAAAAUUCAACUAAGUAUUGAAUGAAACAAUGGUUAACAUGUUUAAAAAACCUUUCAUGGGAAAAUGAAAUGUUUGAUGAUAUUUUAACCUGAAGAUAGAUAGAUACACAUUUCUCAACCAUAUGAAUCUUAUAGCCAUAUUAUUUCCAUAUUGUGAGUAUAUUUGUAGUUUUGGUUAACUGCAUACCCAACUCAAUAUCAUCAUCAAUAUUAUUAUUAUUGUUUCUUCUGCAAUAUCAAGAUGUUAUAUAUUUUCAGAAAUGUUUAUUUUGUUUUUGUGCCUAUGUUUCAAAUGUUAUAAUAAGGAGUUACACAAAGAGAUCUAUCUUAGAGUAUAUAUAAUAGCAGAUGAAGAAUUUAAGUCAAUUAACAUCUCUAGCUAUAAAGUAGGGAUAACACGACUAUUCAUUCUAAUAAUUAGACUAACAAAAAAUCAGAAAGAGUUAAUUAGAAUGUGAUAAUGGGUACAGGGGUGAAAAGGGAGAUGAGAAAUCCACUAAAGACUUCAAAUUCAUAUGAAUUCACCUGCUUUAAGAGAAAUAUAACAAAUAAGCUUAAAGUGUUAGAGUCUAAAACAAAAACAAAAACUAUAGCUAGUCAUCUAGAAACAUGAAGAAGCAUAUAGAACUGCAGACUUCUAACAAAUAAAUAGGAAACAGUAAAGAUGAAUACUAUCAAUUAUUAAAGGUGCCAGAUCAAUAUAGUAGAAACUCAACAGUUACUUUUUGAUUUACUGGUGGAAUUAGAUUUACAAAAGAAAUAUGGCUUAAAUUCUGACUGUACUAAACUACAAAUGUAAUGAAUUACAGUAAUUAUAAGUGAUAUAAAUGCAUUCCAUAAUGUGAUUAUUUUCUGUAUAUUAGUAUAAAAUGGAGUUACUGGGUUACAUAGAGAAUUUUUGUUACAUUUUUUAAUCCAUUGCUUUACCUAAUAAAAUUUCCUCCUCUAUGUCCAGAAGUUAAAAUGUCUGUAUAUUACUUUUAUUUAUACUGUACUUUUCCAACCUGGCUCUUUUAAAAAAAUUAUUUGAUUGAAAAGUUAUCAAUCCUUUUCAUUCUAUAAUACCAAAAUAAUAAAGUAUUUGAUAUAGCUAAUUAUGGUAUUUCUGAGCAGCUUAUGAAGUGCACAAAGAUUAACUAAAAUUCUUAUUUCCAAAUCCUGGUUUCUUUCAAUAUAGAAUGACUAGAAAAGUACUAUCUCAGAGCAAACACAAACGGCAACAAAUUAGGUUUCCUCAUAAUAUAAAAAUAGAUAAUUAUUUAUAAAAAUCCACUGACAUAGUAUUUAGUUCUUUUAGAGGGUUAAUCCAUUUCUCAAAAUAAUUUAUUCAGAGAAAUAACUUCCU